CUUCUCCCUAUCGACGGUCAUUGCCAGCGCGGCAGCAGCAGCGGGCGAGGGCGCGGGCCCCAUGCAAGCGGGCCUCUCGUUCCUCCCUGGCGGCGCGCUCUCCUUGGUCCCCAUCGCCUGCUACUGCUACGCCCGCCCCUGCCGCCUCUCUCUCGCCCCACUCCCUGCUGCCCGUGCGCUCCGCAGCACUUCCUGCAGCACUGGCCGCCCUGCCUGCACGUGCUCUCAUU